ACUAGCGAAGCCAGUAGUGAAGAAAUCUCGGCUUGUAACAGCAUCAUAGGAUCCACGGAUCCUUCAGACGAAUAUAUGUCAGUCUGACGUUGAAUGACAGCGAUGAAGCUGUGUUCGUGCAACUUGUUCAAGAAAAAGUUAAAACGAUCUUCGCUUCUUCUUUACAAUGUGGUGUUUUCGACCAACCGACACAACUGCUUGAAGAAAAUCUUCAGUUUCUUGUUUGGUGUUUUGCUAGGGAUUGGGCUCUACUUUUUGAUUCUUGUGGACUUGAACUUCACGGAAGGAGCGGCGAUUCUUAUGGGGAUGGCGAUGUGUUUGCUACUAGGUUUGGGCAAUGCUUUUUCCGCACAGAUUAGAUGCAUCACGUUACUCGCAUUGCCCAGUUUCGGCGGAAAAGUGGGUCGAGGGGUCAUCAAAACCUUCGUUUUGGCUUUCAUUCUGUCCGGACCUGUGGAAAACAUCACGAAUAAUGGAAGAGAAGUGGUGCGAGUUUUCGCUUGUACUACUUCUUUAACGUUCAACCUAACUAAGACACGGUUUGAGUUGAUGUUCAAACCGUUUUCGGAUGCUCUGUUUGGUAUGAAGACUGAUGUUAAUGAGGUGAAGGAUACGAUGAGGUCGAUACGAGACGUAUCAGCGCCUGUUGUAGGCGAAAUCGAAGAUGACACAGAAAUGAGGAAACUGAAAGAAGAAAACGACUAUUUGGAUUCGAAACUUGGAGAUACGUCCAGGAGUAAGGAAAUUAGUGCUAAGUAUGACAGUAAGGGUGAAAAGGCAGAAGCGGAACGAUUCGAGAAGAUGUAUUUAAAGAAGGUCGAGAUGCGAUGUGAAGAUCAGUUUACAAGGGCUGCCACAAAGUGUAGGGCUAUGUUUGAAAAAGCGUACAAUAAGUGUUACGAUGCAGUGACUUGGGCGGCUGCCUGGUUACUCUGUUGGCCUAUGAAAUUGGACUUCAUUUGUAACAUAGCGCAAGCUUUGGGUGGAGCCAGUAGGUGUGACCCUUCCAAAGACAUAGACCCAGGUUUUGGCGAAGGCUACGAGUAUUUAAAACAAUCAAGGGGACAGUUUUCACAGAAUUUUAAAAACGUGCAUCUGCAGUAUAAACUCGGGAAAAUCAAACAACUGAUAGACCUUAGAGAUAGUCGGGAUACGGCAAAGGCUAUUCUGCACGCGGUCAACGUAAAGAGAAGUAUUUUGCGGAAGAUGUUGGUGAUUUUGAAAAGACUUCUCGCUUUCGUUUUCUUGAGGAUUAUUCUCAAUGCACAAAACUAUCUAGAUCGGUACUUACGCGAAAUUCAAUUUGACAACGUCUAUGUGACUACGUAUUUUCGCAAAAUCGACGCUAGAAGAAAACGACAAGGCAAACACACCCUGCUACCGUUGAAAAAGAUCGAAAUGAAGAAGUUAGUAGAUCCGUGUUCUACGAUGCCUUUGAAAAAUGAGAGAGGACAGUUGAUGUGGCAAACAAUACAUCUUCUACUAGAACUGAUUACUGCGACAACUUUUAUCCUUUUAGAUCGACUGUUCUACGAAGGUUUGGACUUAGUUAGGCGCCAUGCUCGCAUCGACUAUGUCCAAACUGGUCGCCACGACAUGAAACUCGAAGUCAAAGGUACAGGUUUGAUCGCAAACCUUCUCCGUUCCGUCAUCAAAGGUUUCAACAUCAAAAAACGCAUCCACAUUGAACGCAGCAACGAAAAAUGCCUCCCUCAUCCGUCACUCCUCUCCAAUUACUACAUCUACAAAAUCUAUGGUACUUAUUUCGUAAUCUGGAUCCUCAUUCUCGUAAACAUGUACAGUCAACGUCUCCGACGCAUAAUUUGCGCUUUCUUCUACAAAAAACGUGAGAAACGCCGGAUCCUGCACAUCUACAAUGAAACAUUGAGACGGCGCAUAGGUUACUACAGGUUCAUGAAGAAAAAAAUACAGAAACUGGUCAGACAACGGCGAUUGCAGGAGAGUCUGAACGUGUUUAUGAUUUUAAAAAUUCGAUUCCCUCGUGCUUUCCGCUGCUUGCACAUAUUCCCAGGGGCUAGACGUAAAUGUCUGAUUUGCCAAGAGAUAGAGCCGUUGUGCAGAUCGAAGUUCGAGGAAUGCAGGAACGAGAUGUGCCAUUUUGCUUAUUGUCAGGAGUGCUGGGAGGAUUCGGGAAGGACCUGUUUGGCGUGUGCCACGCUGGAUUCGGAUACGAGUAGCGGGGUGGAUUCGUCGGGUGAAGAUGAUGACUGAGACCGAACGACAGCUGGGAUGUUGAGCGACACAAACCGUCUGGACGACAAAAAGUUGAAGAGGUGGAUAAAGAUGUAUGUCGAGUUCUUCAGCAAGGUUAAGAGUUUUUGCGACGGGUACUGAAACUGUCGGUACGAUAUGAAGAACGACGAAUAAUACACGAAUAUUGAAAAAUUGUUAUCAAUUUCUUUGCUUUUAUGAAUCUUUC